AUGACGAUGUUCGGCCAACGGGCAAUUGAAUGCCUGUCAAAUGGAUCAUGGGAUAACCCUUAUCCGAAAUGUGUCGAGGUCACAUGUGCAGCAAACCUCACUGUAAACAUGAGGUCAGACGUUGAAGGACAACCAGGGCCUGAGAUUUCAGUCAAACCUGGACACACAGUAACUUUUUCAUGUGCUGGAAGGGGAUCUAAGUUACCAGGGCUAAAUAAAAUAACCUGCUUGUAAAUUGGGGAAUGGUCUAAUAUAAUGUCCGUUUUACCCUCAGGGAGAUGUGGGCCACCACCCAAUGUGAGCAAUGGAGAUACAAUAGAAAUGACCAAAAAAGAAUAUUUUUCAAGUGAAAAUGUUGAAUACAGAUGCUUCAGUAAAUACGUGCUUGAUGAUAGUCCAUCUUACUCCAGCCACAUGACCUGCCAGAAUGGCGAAUGGAUUGGGAAAAUUAAUUGUUUGAAGCCCUGUAUGGUGACAGUGGAGGAAAUGGAUGAAAAAGGUAUACAGUUGAGGUGGGCUGCAAAGCACAAGAUAUUCUCAGAACACAAGGAUUACAUUGCCUUUACAUGUCAGAGAGGUAAAAUGAUCGGCAGCUCAAGACAAAUGUGCAACGAUGGAGUGAUGACUUUGCCUAUGUGUGUGUGA